UGAAGACAAAGUCGUGGACGAGCAGCCAGGAGUCCAGUUCAACAUCUGACAGCGUGCUGCACGGGUCAUCUCUCCAGUAGCUCAAGAGGGAGAAGAGACAGAAGAUCCAGCAUCAGGACAUCUGAGGGUCAAAGACAAGAGAUCAUCAGCAGAGCCCUGCUUCAGUCCAGAGGAGGGACAAGUACCAACGUUUCACACUGACUCUGACCAUGAGGAGCGUGCGUGUGUGUCUGUGCCUGGCACUGCUGCUGCCGUGGUGCGUCCAGAGUCAGAGUCCCUCCAAACUGGAUGAAGACACGCAGAGGGACGUGCUGGCCGUCGACAUCCUCAACCGCAGCGGGGUGCUGAAGUCGCUGCUGCGGUCAGAGCAUCACAUGGUGCUGAGGCGAGCACGAGCCCCGCGCCCGGCCUCCCAGGUGCCCAAGAGAGCCCAGCAGGGGUCCCGCUUCGCCCUGUCUCUCGACGUCCCCACCAGCAUCCUCAGCGUCCUCAUAGACCUGGCCAAGAACCAGGACAUGAGGACCAAGGCUGCGGCCAAUGCAGAACUCAUGGCACGAAUAGGCAAGAGGAAAUGAAGAGCCCCUGCAUGGGAGAGGUCUUGAUGGAGAAAUUCUCACCUUGCAGCACGUAGAGGCUCAGACACCUGCUUAGAAACAGAGUUAGUUCAGGUGAAAACAAGCAUCAUGGUCAGUAUCUGUCCUUUAGAGCUUAGAUCUGCUUACUUUUAUACUCGUAUUCAAUUCUUUACUAUAUCAGCUCAUUAUAAAACACUCCAUGGACUGACUCUGGAAGUAAUAAUAACUAGAAAGCAGGAUGUAAAACAAAGUCACACAAGAGGACUCUGCAAACAGUGUCACACAAUACAACAUAAAGCUGGUCUUUUGUCUCAGAUGACUCAGCCGUGGGUCACACAGUGUGAUCAGCUUCUCAAAUCUGCUUCUUGUGUUUGCAUGUGUACAAAGAAAAGGUUGUUCAAUUAAAUCCAAUGUGAUGAUCAGUA